AUGACUGACUACAAGGUACGCGACAUCAGCCUUGCUGAAUGGGGACGCAAGGCCAUUGAUAUUGCAGAGAAUGAGAUGCCAGGUCUCAUGGAACUCCGCCGUGAGUAUGGACCCACAAAGCCCCUGAAGGGCGCCAAGAUUGCUGGUUGUCUGCAUAUGACUGUGCAGACGGCGGUGCUCAUUGAGACACUCGUGGAGCUCGGCGCAGAGGUGCGUUGGAGCUCAUGCAAUAUCUUCUCCACACAAGAUAAUGCUGCUGCCGCUAUUGCAAAGAGGGGAAUUCCCGUGUUUGCAUGGAAGGGUGAGACCGAUGAGGAGUACCAGUGGUGUAUUGAGCAGACAGUGAAGGGUUUCAGUGGUGAUGGAUGCCCCAAUAUGAUUCUCGAUGACGGUGGUGAUUUGACAAACUACAUCAUUGACCAGCGUCCAGAGCUCGUUAACAAGAUCUACGGUAUCUCUGAGGAGACGACAACAGGUGUGAAGAAUCUGUACAAGCGUCUUCAGCGCGGUAAACUUCCCAUUCCCGCUAUUAACGUGAACGACAGUGUGACGAAGAGCAAGUUCGACAACCUCUACGGCUGCCGCGAGUCUCUUGUGGACGGUAUUAAACGCGCCACUGAUGUGAUGAUUGCUGGCAAGACGGCCUGUGUGUGCGGCUAUGGUGAUGUGGGUAAAGGCUGUUCCGCUGCCCUGCGUGCCUUUGGUGCCCGCGUUGUGGUCACGGAGGUGGAUCCCAUCAACGCCCUGCAGGCCGCGAUGGAGGGAUAUCAAGUGGUGCUCGUGGAGGAUGUUGUGGCGGAUGCCCACAUCUUCGUCACGACCACUGGCAAUGAUGAUAUCAUCACAUCUGAGCACUUCCCCCGCAUGCGGGAUGAUGCUAUUGUGUGCAACAUUGGCCACUUCGACACGGAGAUUCAAGUCUCGUGGCUGAAGGCAAACGCCAAGGAGUGUGUGGAGAUCAAACCACAAGUGGAUCGCUACACCAUGCACAAUGGCCGCCACAUCAUUCUUCUCGCGGAGGGCCGUCUUGUCAAUCUCGGCUGCGCCAGUGGACACCCAUCCUUCGUGAUGUCCAACUCCUUCUGCAAUCAGGUGCUUGCGCAGAUUGAACUCUGGACACAGCGCGACAGCGGAAAGUACCCGCGUGGAGAGAAGGCGCAGGUGUACUUCCUGCCAAAGAAACUGGACGAGAAGGUCGCCGCCCUCCACCUCAGCAAACUCGGCGCGAAGCUCACAAAGCUCACGGCAAAACAGGCAGAAUACAUCAACUGCCCUGUUGACGGCCCAUUCAAGGCAGAACACUACCGCUACUAA